UAGGCUUCCCUUUCUUUUACGAUUUCUUUUUACUUCUACUAAGAUAGAGAGUAGACAUCCCAAACAAACUUUGGAUAAAAAGUAUGAAAUGGGGGAGAGAAGUGGAGAGUCAAGUUUCAUGUGUUGCAGAAAAAGAGGAAAGAGUACGAAAUGAUCUCAAGAAGGAUGACCAAAAGUAUGAAGUCAACUGCGCGUCUACCAACUUCCGGCUUCCAUUUCUACAUCACAUUCCUUCAAUUUUUGUUUCUAAACUCAUUCCUAUAUCAUGUUUUCAUCUCUAAUUUCCAAAAAUUCACUUCAUCCUUAAUCAACCCUCUUCAAUGGACAUCAAUCCUAGAUCGUUUCUGUUUUCUCUUUUUCCCCACUUUUUCCCUUCAUUCCUCUUCAUUAUUCUCCUCCUCUCCUCCCCUGCUUUCUCCUCUUUAUAUGAUGAAUGGUUCUUAAACUGCCAAGAUUCGUUCAAAUGCGACGGUCUUCUUGACAAGGGAUUCCCUCUCUGGAGAUAUAAUGGAACAGAAUUUUGUGGUGCUUAUCUGUCAAUGAGGAUCAAAUGCGAUGGAAUCCGUUCGACCAUAAAAAUUGCGGGAGCAAGUUUCGAACUCCUGGGUCUUGGUAUAAGCGAUCAAAUUCUUAUAAUUGCCGAAAUCGGGUUUUCAGAUGGAUUUUGCUCGCCAGAAAAAAAUAUUUCGUCAAGUUCCAUGUAUGCGAUUAUUCCUGUAUCUUAUGACUGCGGGCUUCUAGACAAAAAACCUACUUGUUCAGGAAUUAAAUAUAGGUACACGCCAUUUGAGAACUUAACUGGGCCUAAUUCUAAUGAACGUUAUUGUUGGUUAAGUGCAGUAGUGCCAAUUUCACGAUGGUUGCUUAAACAAGUUGGUGAUGAUUUCCGAUUGGUAGCGCAGCAUAUCAUAGAAGAGUUUAAGUCAGGCCGGGCGGUGGUAGACAGUCGAGUAUGUAACAACUGCAAUCCUGGUAGUGUUUAUGUUUAUGACUUCCAGUUGAGUCAAACAAGAUGCUGUUGUCAAUCUUCAUUUGAUAGGAUUAAAUUCUGCGCUUCCUCAUCUUUUACCCAAUCGCCAAAUUAUGCUGAUGAGCCAAAGACAGCACUGCCCUCCGGUAUGUACACAAACUUUGUCCUCAACUGUCCUUGUUUUCCCUUUAAAAGUUAUGCAAUAUAACUUCUGUUCUGAUAGGUUUCCUUCUGGGUAAUACUCAUUAAUUAGUUAGCUCCCUCCAAUUUGGGGCUGUAACUAUAAUAGUUGUUGUUUCUAAAUGUUAUAACCUACAUAGGAUUACUCUUUCAAAUUCAUCUUUGUUACAUGUUACAAUUCUUUACUAUUCCAUACCCAUCUUCGUUUUUCUGUUACUGUGUUUUUAUUUCCUACCAAGACUCAAAUAGUCUCCAACACAAACAUAUGCUAUUAAAACUUAUCUACUAUUAUAGCACACAAACUACAAUAACUAAUAUAGCAUCCCAAAAGCUUCUUAAAAGUUCGAAAAUAGUUCCAACAAGCCCCUAGAUUCUCCUACAAAAGAAUGAGGUUUUUUUCUAAUAUCUUCCUUAGACAGUCAGACAUGAUGGUCAUUCUGACUAGCUUUUCACAGAGGAUCCCACGCUUCUUAGCAACAAUUUCUCUUGGUAAUGAUCACACUCAAGAACUAUAAAAAUCUUAACAGCAUAUGUAUUUAUAUAAAAAUCUCGACUACAUACCUCAAAGUACGCCAGGAGACACCAUAUUUGUUGGAAGUUAACAUAUAUAGACACUGAUUAAGCUUCAUUUAUAAGAAUAGUUGGCCAUGUCUCCUGAGUUAUGAUGAUGGUUCCACCUAGCUUUCCAUUAGUGCUUUUUCCUAGUCACUUUUUAGCGGAAAACAUGAAAAUCACAAAAAGCUGUCAACGAUUAUAAUAUAAAUAAAAAACAAAAACUUAUCCCGAGUUUUAAAAAUAACAUUUUAAUCAUAAACAUUAAAUUAAGUUUCAUUCAGAAGAUGAAGCCAUCACUAUGAGAGUAUCAGUCACUGAACUUAAUCAACAGAAGUUCUUUUAGGUUGACGGUCGGUCCUCAUCUAACUAUAUUAGGCAUAUAUAGAAAAACUUCUGUAGUGAAACCUCAGAAUAUUCACUUUAGACCUCGUUAUUGACAAAAAAAAAUGAUUAUAAAAUCUUAGUUGAAGUCAAUAACCGUAUUUGCAUUACGAAACUGAAAGUUAUUAUUCAAAGUCUUGGUGGUAUAGAGCGUAGCUGUGUGUACACAUUCUUUUCAAAUACUGAAGGAUCUGUUAGAAUCUUCUACCACCAUCCAAAUAUUUAGGAACUAAUAGUCAAAAACCAGUUUAUGUUUAUGUUUAUGUAGUUGGCCCACAAUUUAAAUUUUUUUUAGAAAAGGCUAAAACUACUAGUUCAACAAUAAUUGACACAUGUUCUCCCAAGUUCAAAUUUUCAUAUCUCACUUAUUUUACUGAAGGAGAAAAGGGGAAAAAACAAAAAAGGAUUGUGAGUAAAUAGUCCCAAUAUUUAAGUAAUAUAAAGCAAAUAAUAUUGCAAUCAAAUGGAAUUCAUAUAUAUGUGUGUAUAUGUAUAUAUAUUCAAUAAUUUUGUCACCCAACGUCUUUGAUGGCCGAUCAGGAUCGUCUAGUCUCUGUCAAAAUUAUUUAGUAGAAAAUCUCCAAGAAUGUCUUUUUUUCCCUGCCACGGCGGACUGAUAGAAAAUUCAAAAACUCAUUUGCCAUAUGGUUGGUAUCCAUUACCCCUAUUCUGUAGCAAUAAUUGCACUACAGUCUACAUACAAAUACAGGGUUUAAGUAAGUGAUCAAUGAGGUUGGGCCACCAUUUGAAGCGUUCACUUGGAUGGGUUGUAGAGUUGAAAGCGAAAUGGAAUUUCUAGUUGUUGCAGGGGGAACAAAUUUACAUUUUAACUUAUAUCUAUAAUCUUUCCACUUCAGAAGUUUGGGAGAUUAAAGUAAGAUGGACUUUAAAAUUUCAUCAACUUGUUUAGAUAAUUUUUUUGAUCAAGGACGACUAAUAGGCAGGAAGACUUUUUUCUUCGUUUGAGCCCCCCUGCCUAGAUAGAGAAAGAGAUAGAUGUGCUGUGACAAAUAGAUGUGGAUAUUUGUAUUUAGACCCAGUUAGUUGAGCUAAACGUUGAUUGACUGGCAUUGGUAGAGUAUCACUUACGGAAGCUUCUCUUUGACGAAACUUCACAUCCCAGUUCGUUAAAGUCCUUCAAUGAAAUCAUCAUUUCUGAUGAGAGAGUAAACCAUUUUAUCCAUUCUUCUCUAUUUCAUAGCUCUAAAUUUACAUACCCCUGUAAAAAAAAGAUGCCUCCCAGUCCCUCCAAAGCCUUGCUUCUAGUUUUGACAUUCAUAGCAACAGUUCUAAUCCAACCACUGAUUAUUUUAUGUGAUGAUGAUGAGGAGGAGAAAUAUUUGAACUGCAACUCAUCAUUGAACUGCUUCAGAUAUUCAAAUCUCGGUUAUCCUUUUUGGGGUCCGAAUCGGCCUGAUUACUGCGGCCAUCCAAGUUUUAAGUUGACCUGUGAAGAUGGUGUAGAAAUCGAGAUCGAGUCCAUCGCCUACCGAGUUCUCGAGAUUGACACCAACACACAGGCUCUGACGGUAGCUAGAAUAGAGAACAAUACUUGUCCACGGUACUUGAAAGACAGCACGUUUGACUCGAACAUCUUCUACUACAGCUCAAACACUCAACCUCUAAAGCUACUGUAUGACUGUUCAUCCUUGCCGGCUAAGCUUCCUGGAAGGUUUAGUUGCAAUAUAAACAGUACAGAUUAUGUUAACCUCAUCGUAACACAGGAUACCAAUAGUGAUAGCUUAAACAACGUGAGAUGUAACCAUGGUGUUGAUGUUGCAAUCUCUCAAUCAGAGAUGCAAACUCUAGAGAGCAAUCCAAGUGAGGAUAAUCUAAUAAAAGCUCUCGAAACUGGAUUUGAGUUGCAUUGGAGGAUAGACAAUAGCUUGUGUUACCAGUGUCAAGACUCGGGUGGCCAGUGUGGUUCGAAACCAAGUUUGGGUGAAUUCACUUGCUAUUGUUUGGAUGGAGCCUUUAAAACCACUUGUGGAUCAACACCUUCAGACGACUCAAAGAAGUCCAAAAAGGAAAAAGUGAAACCCCUUAUAAUUGGUGUUUCAAUUGGAGGAGCAUGUUUGGUUGCAAUAAUUAUAGGAUGCUGCAUCUUUCUUUGUUUUCGGAAAAAGAAGAAGCAAUAUCCAAGUGGAUCUGUAAGCAAAGAAGCUGGGCCUUCUCCUCAUGUUUCUGAUCCUAUUUCAAACAAAGAUUUGCCUCCUGCUCCUCUUUUGAACUCCUUUCAAAGUCAGAGCAUUCCUUCUUAUCCCUCUUCCAAAUCCGAUAUUGAAACACCUACCACCACCAACCAUGGCAUUCGAGUAUUCAAUUAUGCUGAACUCGAAACAGCUACCAAUAAUUUUGACCGUUCUCGAGAGCUUGGCGAUGGAGGAUUUGGCACUGUUUACUAUGGGAAGCUUGUUGAUGGGCGUGAAGUUGCUGUGAAGCGUCUAUAUGAACAUAACUGCAAACGAGUGGAACAGUUCAUGAAUGAGGUGAACAUCCUUGCUCAUUUACAACACGAUAACCUUGUCAAACUCUAUGGCUGCACGUCCAGAUAUAGCCAAGGCCUUCUCCUUGUCUAUGAAUACAUUCCCAAUGGAACCGUAGCCGACCAUCUCCACGGAUCACGGGUGAAAUUGGGUUUGCUCAGUUGGCCAAUUCGGUUGCGGAUCGCCAUCGAAACAGCGAAUGCACUCAUGUACCUCCACCAUUCAGAAAUCAUCCAUCGCGAUGUCAAAACCACUAACAUUCUCCUUGACAACAACUUCACUGUCAAAGUGGCUGAUUUUGGCCUUUCAAGGUUGUUCCCUACCGAUGUAACUCAUGUGUCCACUGCCCCACAAGGCACACCAGGCUAUGUUGAUCCUGAGUACUACCAAUGUUAUCAACUCACAACUAAGAGCGAUGUAUAUAGUUUUGGAGUUGUUUUGAUUGAGCUUAUAUCUUCGUUAAGAGCAGUCGACACAGAUAGGAAUCGACAUGAUAUCAACUUAAGCAAUAUGGCAGUCAGUAAAAUACGAAGUGGAGCAUUGGAUGAAUUGGUCGAUCCAAAGCUCGGUUUCAAUGAGAAUCAUGAAGUGAGGAGUGCAACAACAUCAGUUGCAGAGUUGGCUUUUCUCUGUCUUCAACAGGAAAGGGACUUGAGGCCUACAAUGGAUGAAGUCGUGAAGGUACUAAGAAAGAUUGAGAAUGACAAAUCCAGUUCCGAGAUGGCUAAAGUUGUCGAUGUAAGAGUCAUUGGAGAUGAUAUUGAGCUCAUAAAGAAAGCACCACCCUCAUUUUCGCCAAAUUCUGUCAUAGCUAACAACUGGGUUGGCAGCUCAACCACCACAGAUUCCUUGUGAAUUGAGAUCUAUGCUUCUUUUUGUGUCUUCAUAGGUCUCAUAUUUUGAUAGCAUAUUGUGUAUGACGUGUUAUGUGUAUGAGUAUUGAGUAGUUUGUUUAUAGUAAAAACUGUAAUUUGCCUUCUUUUGUAUACGCAUUGCCUUCAUUUGGAAUAAGAUUUGAUUGUGAUGUAAUUAUGUUUGUCAACAAAUCUACACAUUUAAUAUUCCAACCUAUUUAAUCUCUAAACACUAAA